CGCGGUCCGUCCUCGCCAUUCUGCCCGCGGUGUGUCACCCAACCCCCGCUAACGUGACGGAGCCUCCCCGGUGAAGAAGCACAUCUGGAGGAGCAGCGGCGGCGGACUGGGAACACUGGGAACACUGGGGACGAUGCUGGGCCUCAGCGAGAUGACGAACGGCAACAUGGCCAACGCUCUGGCCAACGCCAUGUGCGAGCGCUGUAAGAGCGGCUUUGCCCCGGCGGAGAAGAUCGUGAACAGUAACGGGGAACUUUACCACGAGCAGUGCUUUGUGUGCGCCCAGUGUUUCCAACAGUUCCCAGAGGGACUCUUCUAUGAGUUUGAAGGCAGGAAAUACUGUGAACAUGACUUCCAGAUGCUCUUCGCUCCCUGCUGCCACCAGUGUGGUGAAUUCAUCAUCGGCCGUGUGAUCAAGGCCAUGAACAACAGCUGGCACCCUGACUGUUUCUGUUGUGAUAUCUGCCAGGCCGUGCUGGCCGAUGUGGGCUUUGUAAAGAACGCUGGAAGGCACUUGUGUCGCCCGUGUCACAACAGAGAGAAAGCUCGGGGCCUGGGCAAGUACAUCUGUCAGAAGUGUCAUGCUAUUAUUGAGGAGCAGCCUCUGUUGUUCAAGAAUGACCCCUACCACCCUGAUCACUUCAACUGCAACAACUGCGGCAAGGAGCUGACUGUAGAUGCCAGGGAGCUGAAGGGAGAGCUCUACUGUCUGCCUUGCCACGACAAGAUGGGGGUCCCCAUCUGCGGAGCCUGUCGCAGACCCAUCGAGGGCCGUGUGGUCAACGCCAUGGGCAAGCAGUGGCAUGUGGAGCAUUUUGUGUGUGCUAAGUGUGAGAAACCGUUCCUGGGACACCGUCACUACGAACGCAAGGGCCUGGCCUACUGCGAAACACACUACAACCAGCUGUUUGGAGACGUCUGCUACCACUGCAACCGUGUCAUUGAAGGAGAUGUGGUGUCUGCUCUGAACAAGGCCUGGUGUGUCAACUGUUUUGCCUGCUCCACCUGCAACACCAAGCUCACCCUCAAGAACAAGUUUGUGGAGUUUGAUAUGAAGCCAGUGUGUAAGAAGUGCUAUGAGAAAUUCCCUCUGGAGCUGAAGAAGAGACUGAAGAAACUCUCCGAAACUGUGGCACGCAAGUGAACAGACAGUCAAGGCCGCAGGCAGGAGAGCAGGAUGAGACCCUGACGUGCCCUCACAUGGAAAAAGUCACAUUUCCCGAAGCAACAAUCGUAAAAGAGAUGAGAGAUUAUGUGGUUGAUGUCGUUGGUAUUUUAAAUUUAAGGUUGGUUAUUUAGUGAAAAGCUCAAUUUGUUUGUCCUCUCAGUCACAGCUUUAAAGCACUGAGGAUCAUUUCAUCAGCCUGAAACUGACAGGCUCAGAUUAUUGGUUUCUUGGUUAGACUUGAACCUAUUCAGCUCAGUUACUGCACUGUACUUUAUUCACAUGCUUGCCUUCUUUCACAGCUAUACAUAUAAGUAUAUAUAAACAUAAACACGCCUGACGAUGGUCCUAUAUUUAUAGUAUCGUGAGCUUUAAGAGACCAUUGACACAUGGGAGAAGUAUAUCUCCUUAACGCUGUGUUGACAUGUUGAUCGACAGUUUGCCAACUUGUCUCGAUGCCAAAAAACGUGUCUCCUGUUUGACUCCUGUUACCGUAUGUAACUGAGUAACUCUUAUAUCAUAUAAAGCCAAAUGUGUAUAUAUUAUUAUAUCUUAUAUGUCAUUUUUUUCACCAACUUGUAUUCUUUUAUGUAUUACUAACUUGUAUUUCCUGUAAUAUGCUCAAUAAGUUUAUUUUUAGCCCUAUAAAAUGUUUAUUUUUUGCAGUGACGGUCUGAGGGUAUCACACUGGCUCCUGGAUGCUGCAGUGAUGGACUAAACCAUUAUCUGCACUAUGACGGAUUGCCUUGUUACAUAUAUGCAUUUUAUAUCUGAAUCAACACAAAACAGGUGGAAAGUCAUAUUUAUAGAGUUACACGUUUAUUAAGUUUUAGUUUAAUCCACUGUCAAUUCCAGUAAAUACAUGAGUGUCAAACAAUAUUAGAAACACCUUUCAGAAGUAAUCAAAUCCAGUUUAACACCAGCUUAGAAAUUAACAACUUCUCUGACGCUCUGUCAACAAAUACUGGACUGCGCAGAGACAGCUUUGAUUUUCAUGACAACUGGUAACUUACUGCGUCUAUGGUUGUGUGUGUUACAACAUGAUAGCCUGUGGCAUGUGCUGAGACCGGAUGUGGGAGUAAUGUCAGAUGUAGGAACAUGUGUGUGUGUGUGUGCUGUUUGUAAUCCAGAGAAAGUGAUCCUCUUAGGAAGGUGUACCUACUUCCUCGGGCUCAGACCCUCUUAGCAAAGAAAAACCAACUGUUGUGAAUGGGGAAAGAAUCGUUUCCGUUUUUCACUAGGUUUCAUUCGAGCUGUAUAUUAUCGUAGAAAGCUUUUCGUUUGUGUAAAGAAAGACACAUUCCACAAAAAAACACCCAUUUCACAUAUGUCACUUUCCAUCUGAUUGAUUGUCGUGAAGCAGAACUUCAGCUUCAAUAACAAAGAGUCAAAAAUGUGGUUUUAUUCGAUAUUUAACCAUCUGGGUGACGGAGAUGACUCAGCCGCUCUUACAUUGUAUUUUAUCAUCACAAUGCUUUUUCAAGAUACAAUGUUUCUCCAUGUAAACACACCAAAGUGCAUGUUCUAGACUUGAAUGGAAAGUUAUUUUUCAGUAUAUCUAUGUUGAUUCUUUUAUUUCUUCUUAUAAAAAUGUUGGUCAAUACUAA